GUUCACUGAAGUUCAAGGGAGAAAAGUGAUGAAGGUUUCUCAUUGGUUGAGUUGCUGGGGUUGCUAGGAGAUGCGACAAACAUCUUUUCCUGCUGAGGCCUGGGACUGUGGCUUCCUUCCCAUUGAAGAUUCUUCCAUGGGGGUCUGUACUUGACAAUUCUCCCUGCAAUUGGCAAGUCUUCUUAUAAUUGGCAGGGAGUGGUACAGCCUGAGGGCUCCACUUUGCGCAGAGGCCUCUAGUCCGGUAUGGAGCAUGCCUUUACCCCGUUGGAACCCCUGCUUCCCACCGGGAAGUUGAAAUACUGCCUUGUGGUUCUGAAUCAGCCGGUGGACAAAUGUGUUCGUCAUCUUUGGAGCAAAGCUCUUUUAAGAGCCUGUGCUGAUGGAGGUGCUAACCGCCUAUACGAUACCACGGAAGGAGAGAGGGAAAGCUUUUUGCCUGAAUUCAUCAGUGGAGACUUUGAUUCUAUUAGGCCUGAAGUUAAAGAAUAUUAUGCUGUUAAGGGAUGUGAGAUUAUAUCAACGCCUGACCAAGACCAUACUGACUUCACCAAGUGCCUUGAACUGCUCCAAAAAAAGAUAGAGGAAAAAGACCUACAGGUAGAUGUAAUUGUGACCUUGGGAGGUCUCGGUGGGCGUUUUGACCAGAUCAUGGCAUCUGUGAGCACCCUGUUCCAAGUUACUUGCAUCACUCCUGUGCCGAUUAUAAUAAUCCAAGAGGAAUCUCUCAUCUACCUGCUCCAACCAGGAAAGCACAAAUUGCAUGUAGAUACCGGAAUGGAAGGCGACUGGUGUGGCCUUAUUCCUGUCGGACAGCCUUGCAAUCACGUCACCACAACGGGCCUGAAGUGGAACCUCACAAAUAACGUGCUUGGUUUUGGAACACUGGUCAGUACUUCCAAUACCUACGAUGGAUCUGGUGUCGUGACUGUGGAAACGGACCAUCCGCUCCUCUGGACCAUGGCCAUCAAAAACUAACCCCACACCUGGCAUCCAUAGCUGUGCCUCUGACUGACCUCAUUUGCCACCGACUUCUUGCUCAACAAGAACAGUUCACCUUGGUUUACAGAAAUGAAACCUCUCCACGGGAAGCCCACUAGUUUUCAAGAUACUGAUGUUUAGAUAACCCAGGUAACACAAAUGGCAGAUCUCAAUUUUACAGCGAGGGAGAAAAAAUCAUUAUUUGUUAAAGUAAAUAAGCUCUACGACAUUCAAUUGGAAAACUAAUGUGGAUCAUUCCACUAUAACAUUCAGUACUGUUGUUAUGUUACUAAUCAUUACAUUUAUCCUAGAAAAUUUUUUUUUAAUUUUGAAGCUGAGAAAGUUCUCUGCUGAGGGUUCUUGGUGUUCAACACAUAAGCCUUCUUCUGCCUGUCCUUAAAUCUAUACCCCAAAGGCUACUUCUGAGUGUCUAUUCAUGCUAGAUUCCUCUGUAUAAAAUAGGAAAAAAUUCCUUCCAGAUUGGGAUGUUAGAACCACACCAUUUCACCCUGGCCUCAUUACUGUCUUGGUAUUAUGAUCUUUUAAAAGUAAAUCAAGAAGCAUUGACCUAAUUAUUAAGUUUGAAAACAGGCAGUUAUGUAAGCUCCACACGAAGGGAGACACAGCGUGGAAGGUGAGAGUUCAGAAAGCCCCACUGACACAGUCACCCCCGGCUCAGUUCCGCAGCGAGCAUGCUACCCUUUAGCCGAGUGACAGGUGGAAACCGCCCUCGUCAUAUUUACAAGCAAGCCUGAAAACGUGCAGAGGACAUCUAUGCAUGCAAACUGAAUGGUUUCCGACAUUACUCAGACUGAAAAAGCAGUGGUUCACAGACCCCAAGUUUAUGCAGAGGACCAGGAAAGGAGUUUGACAACCUGUGGGGAUAAGUGAGCACUGCGUACUGAGGAUCUGGGUCUGAAAGCCUGAGUUCCUGUCCCUGUCCAGCCAUUCGCCCAAGUUCCUGGACCUGCUCCUUAGCCAGAAAGUGGAAGGGGCUGCACGGAGGGUGCCUGAGCUUCUUUCCCACAGUCGGAGUCUAAACGCUGACACCUGCCCAUUACCAGGCAGAGAAUGCACAGGGUUGCUGACUCAGCAGUUUAAACACCUGGGGCCCUGGGAUUCAUCCGUGUUUCUAACGAGACCCUCUUCUCUCUUCUCACCCUUUCCUGAACGAUUUACCAAACCAAACGUUGCCAUACAUACCGUGACAUAGGAACCACCCCCCCCCCCCCCACCAUGUUUUAUGUACACACAUCCCCGUCCUGCUGCAAGGGAGCAGCAGCCCUUUCCUUCCUGGUGUUGAGACAAAGCAAGAGUCAGAUUUGAAGUGGAGAAUAGAAGGGGGAUCAGCUGAACCAGUGUGCAGUUGUGAACAACUUACCUGAGAGGUCAUUUUUGUUAUUAUGCAAAUACGUGAGAUUGAAAUCUGAUGUCAAAACUAUUUAGUUACCCACGUAUAUGUUUGUAGUCCAUUUUUAAGCUAACAUUCCAUUUUCUCAGCUGUAUUCGUUAUCACCAGUCUCAUAAUCAAGGUUUCUAUACAAAACAAUAAAAUUGCUCAAAGGAUGA